AGCGGCUUCGGCAACCUGCUGGCUCGGCAGCUGGACGCGCGGGGGCUGCGGGUGCUCGCCGCCUGCCUGACGGACAGCGGCGCCGCGCAGCUGCGGGCGGCCACCUCCGGCCGGCUGCAGACCGUCCUGCUGGAUGUCACCUGCAGCAAGAGCAUCGCCGAUGUCACCGCCUGGGUCCGGGAGCGUGUGGGUGAUCAAGGGCUCUGGGGGCUGGUGAACAACGCAGGGAUCGCCAUCCCCACCGGGCCGAACGAGUGGCUGAGCAAGGAGGACUUUGUCAAGGUGCUGAAUGUCAACCUGGUGGGGCUGGUGGAGGUGACGCUGAGCCUGCUGCCGCUGCUGCGGCGGGCGCGGGGCCGCGUGGUCAACGUGUCCAGCGUGAUGGGCCGCGUGU